AUGGAUAAUUGUGAGAAUAAUACUAUAGCUAAGACAACUAAGGAAGAAAAUGUCAAUAAUGGCAAAAUCAUAAUUGCAAAAACUAUUUUUGAAGUAGAAAUACAAUUACAGAAUAUUUUCAAGAGCGAUGUUUUGAAUCAUGAUUUUACUAUAUUAAAUGGAUUUCUAACUUUCGCUCAGUCUAAAUUAAUGAAUUUUUUAGAUUCUAAUUUGGAUCUGUUUAUCAAUACAGUUAUAGAUAAUAAAAAUCAAAAUGAUAUUCAAAUUGGUAUUGACAACAUUAUGACUCUUUUAACAUUAUCAUGGGAGAGACUAUGGAAUCCAAUUUAUAGAUGGUUUCAAUCAUGGCAUCAAUCACUUGUUUCGAUUAACGACCCAAAGAAGAUUAAAUAUCCUGAAUUUAGAAAAUUGAAUUCAAAUCUAUCCAAAUUCAGUAAGGUGAUCAAUGGCCAGUUAAUAAAACUUAUUGAUGGCAUAUUAUCGAAUUUGAAUAUUGAGGAUAUAAUGCCGUAUCAUUUACUUAUUAAAAAUAUAUUAAUUUUAAAAGAGAUAGAUUUUAAGGUUAAGGAAGAAAAUAUUGGAAAGGGUAAUGAUAAAAGAAUAAAAAUUGUUAAAGAUAAACCAAUUUUAAUACAAGGAGUCAUAUUAAUAUUUCAUAGAUGUCUAUUAUACCUGGGAUGUGUUAAUAAAUACAAAGCCAUUAUGGCAAAAGCUAGUCCUAACAAUUUUAUGACAGAUUUUAAAGUAAGUUUGAAAUUUAUUGAAAGUUCAAUUGUUUUAUCACCAUCUUUAGGUGAAUCAUAUUUUCAAAGAUCUUUGAUAGAACUACAGUGUAAUCAUAUUGGAUUAACCGUCUAUGAUUUGCUAAGAGCUAGUUUGACGUCCUUUCCUCAUGGGCAAGCAUUAAGUUUAUAUCAAACUAUAAUCCACAAUAUUGACAGUCCUCUCAAUAAUAAGGUGAAAAAAAUGAUUUCUUCAAUUUAUAUGGAUUCCAUGGGUAAUUCUGAAAAAUUGAUAAACAAAGAGAUUAUUGAAUUCUUCAUAUUAGCUUUAAUUGGAAGUAAGUUGUCUCCUGAAACAUGGGUGGAUCCAAAUAAUAAGCUUAAUCUUAAUGGAAGUAAAAUUAGUUUAAAACAAUUAGAAAUGAUGUUCUUUGAAAAAGUUUCUACGAGAUAUAUCAAAAAUAUGGAAUUGAUUUUGAAAAAUUUAUUAAUGCUCUUUGGUUCGUUUCAUUUACAAGUGAUCCAAUGGUUAAAAUCGUCAAAUAUUAAGAAUACUCCAUUAUGUGAAUUAGAAAUUUAUGAUUUAUCAUUAUUGAAGUUUAUUUUCAAGUAUAUGGAUACCAUUAUUGAUAAAGUUGUCUUGGAUCAUUGGGAUAAAGAUCUUAAUAAUUUCGAAUACUUGGCGAUAAUUAGAAUUAUCUUUCUAUGGUUACAAACCAAUAAAUUUGCAUUAGAUUAUUCUCGAGAUGACCCCUUUUUUAAUCAAAAAUUAGCAUCGUUGUUGAAUUCUAUUAUUCAAUCAAGGAUUACCAAAAACGUAUUAUAUAAUGAUGAGAACAUUUUAGUGAAAAGACAAUAUAUUUUUGAAGAGGAAAUUAUGUUAAGAGAUUUUGCAUGUGUAACAGUACCUAAAUUUGUUGGUAUUAGUGAUGAAGAUAUAUAUAAACAAGGCACAUCUGUUGAUAGGUUUUAUGGAUACAUUCUUGAUGAUAAUGAUAAUGCUAAUAAGACUGAAAUGACAGUAAAGGGCGACAAUUACAUAAGAUUGGAGUCUAUUGUUAUUUUGGGCAAACAGUACAUGAAAUUUAAUAGAUGUGGGAUAAAAUUGAAUGAGGAAACAGGGCAAUAUAAUAUACCACUUCAACUGACAAAGGCAGUAACUAUUAAGAGUGCUCCUAAGAAAAUUAUCAAUCUUGAAAAGAUUAAACCAAAUAGAGGUAUUCUUAAGUUAAAGAAGAAGCCAAAUAAGGAGUUGAUAACCGUUAAGACCAAAGAUAAAGGUGUUCUUUCUUUCGAAGAAAUAGAAGCUAAACAGAAAGAUAAUCAGCAAAAACAUUCUAUUGAAUGGGGUUAUAGUGGCUCUUCUGCGGUAGCACCAUCAAGUAUUACUGUUAAGCCUAGCUUUAGACUUUAUGACUCUAAUGAGUUGGUUACUAAGAAAACUGAAUCAACACCAGUAUUGUCGCCUAGGAAUAAUAAAGAAAAUACUGAUUCCAAUAAUAUUCUAUUACAUAAAGAUUCAAGUAUGAAUCAAGUACCACUAGAAAAAGCCUUUGAAAAUAUGAACAUUCAAGGACCAAACAUUCCUAUUACAAGUCUUGAUAAAGAAAACGAAAGUAGAUCUGGUAGUACGAACUAUAAUUUUAAUGCCGCACAAAAUAUUAUGGCUUAUCCACCAGGAAUUAUUCCUCCUGCACCUGCUCCUGUAAACACCAUGUUUUCUUCUUAUAUGAAUACGCCACUUGCGCAUACUUCCUUCAAUCCUACUCCAGGAGUUUCUCAAGAUAUGUUCGUUAAAAAUAUGACAUGUCCCUCACGGUACACAUCAAAUCCUAUUCAAUAUAUAUCACAACCAUCAAUGAUCCAAACCUAUUCAGGAUAUGCAUUCCAACCCCAAGUAUCACAUUCUAGUAAUCUAGGAGUCCAGCCAGGUAAUUAUUUUUAUCAAAAUGAUUAUACUGGAAAUGUUGGCUCAUAUAUUAAUAACAGUCCAGGGAUCAUUUCACAGAUGUCUUCUACUCCAUCACCAUAUCCAAACCAACACAUGUCACAAGGGUAUCCUACUUUCCAUACAUAA